GCCCAGCGCUCCCUGCCGGCGGGGCCGCCCCGGGCUCCGCAGCACGCACCCAGCCGCGUCCCCCCGCCCGGUGGGAUCGGGCCUUGCUUCCAUUGCCCGGGGGCCGGGUACGGAGAAGGCUGCCGGGGUAGCCCGGUCCGGCCGAUGCUGGCGCUGCUUCCCGCACCCCGGGCUCCGGAAAGCUGGUGGCGGCGAUCGGGGCUCAGGGGGGGCCCGCCGGGCGCCUUUCCCCUUCCCUCCCUCCGCGGCGGGCGGCGCGGGAGGAUUUUCUCCCGCUGCAGCCCCCUCGCUGCCCCCCAGACAUGGUAGGUCACCUACAGCUGCAAGGGAUGGACGAGAGCCUGAAGGAGAAGAGCCGGGAAGGCUUGCUGGACAGCCCGGACUCGGGGCUGCCCCCCAGUCCCAGUCCCCCUUUCUACUCCCUGUCGCCCGGUGAGGGCCGAGCUGGGGGCAGCGGCGGUGCGGACCCCCCGGCCCCGGGGCACCGGCGGGAGGCCAAGGACGGCAAAGUGAUGCCUUACUUGCUCCUGAACCCAUCCAUGCCAGAGAUGAGGCCUCGAAUGUACCCUGUGUUUUUCGGAGAAAGCAUUGAGGUGACCCCUGAGCCCUUGCAGGAAAUCAGGUGCAAUUCCGAGGUGAAGUACGACUCCGAGAAGCAUUAUCGGGAUGACAUUUUCUACGGCCCCAUCCCCACCGUCACCACCUACAGCGAGACAAUCAUUGCUGCUCCCAACUGUACCUGGCGGAACUACAAGUCCCAGCUGAUCUUUGAGCCCCGCCAGAAGCCACUGAGGUUUCAGAGCACGACCAUCAUCUUCCCAAAGCGUGCCAAGAACAUUUACCGGACCACCCUCAACUACAGCUUGGGUUGUGCCAAGCGUUGGUUUGCUUCCAGCGUGCAGCUGGAACUCUGUGAGGAAACCAGCCCGUGCGUCAUCUACAGCGAGACCCUCUGAUCCGCCCUGCCGCUGGCAACCGUGCGACCUCAAGGAGGCUGUGGCCUUUGCUGGGUCUCUGGCUGGGUCUUCACUGAUGGCAACUGAAUACGAAUGGCUGGAGAACACGUCGUCGCGUCUCGGGUGAGGCUGAACUGGCUGGGAGGAGGCUUGCAGGGCAUGGGAUGGUUUUGAUCAGUGAGAGGCUGGCUUGUAUUUUGCGACGUUCCUGACGUUCAUGAUCUGGAUUUUAUUUUUGUUGUUUUUUUUCCAAGCAUAUCUAUUUUUGACUUGUGUUUAGAUGAAAUCAAGAUGACAAAGGACCCUGUUACCCGUAGCAAAGUGCUGCCUUGUGAGUUCUUGUCUAGCACAUAGGUGAGACUCACUGUAACCUUUGGAGCUGUUUUGGUCUCUGCAAAGGGAAGACCAACUGCAGUGUCAGCGUCCUAUCUGCCCAGCGUAAACCAAGCCAUGUCUCUUAGAGUUUAGAUGCAGAGGAAAUGGUUCUUUCUAUCAGUACAUCAUAGCUUGCUCCACAGCUCAUCUCGGAGAUAGCUGCAAUAUUAUGCCACUGCAGUAACCACAGGUCUGACUUAACGGGAGGAGUGGGGACUGUCACGAAGAGAAAGAGGAAGGAAACAGGCACAUGAUGCUGUUGCUAGCAGUUAGAUGUUUAUAUACCAUAGCAAGGCACAGCACAACCAGAGGUAGGAGAAAGGCUUAUAUCAAUGCACAGCCACCUCUUCUGUGAACCCAGCCAAGAGUGUGCAGGGGAGAUGGAGGAAACUGAAUAGCUGAAGGGUUUUUUCCUAAAAGUGCCCAAUUGAUUCAGGAGCCAAAUACCCUGUAUCAAAACUACUGUCAGCCCAAGCGUGCCAUGCUGUUUGUUGUCUUGAACACAACUUACAGGGAUCUUUACAUACUUGCAACCCUCUUGAGUUUCAGGGUAUGGCUUAUUGCAGAGAGGAGUGUAGUACAGAAAGAUGCUAUCUAGCUUCAAAGAAGCCAGUGCAAAGUCAACUCAUGAGCAAGGUUGUAGUUUGCAUACCUGCGCGGUGUACACAGCUUCACUGACUGUGCAGGAGCAGCCAAACUUCCUCAGUGUAGAGCUUGAAGGGCUGAAAAGCCCAAAUCCAUCCCGGUUUUCCUUUAAUAGGUUGUAGCAAUCAACAGGUUCUUCACAAACAGCUGAGCUGUCUCUGCAAAAGGAGCAGGGAACACCUGAGAGAGCAGGAAUCACUGCAGCCAUCCUAAGGUAAACCAUUCCCCCACUCAUGAAUCACAUCUGCUAUCUCUUCACUUUGGUAGCUUGCUGAAAGCCUGCAAGAGCCUGGAUUCCCACACACACAUAUAUAUAUAUAGCCUUUGAAAAUAGCAUGGAGUUGUCUCCAAAAACCUUACCAAGAAGUUUUGCUUGCUGCUCAGAAGAGCCCAGACUUAGAAAAUAACCACACAGCUCCGGAAAUUAAUUUCCAGCUUUCCCUCUUCUAAACUUUCCAUUUUGUUCCUGACUUGCUGUGAGUCUGAUUGAGUUAUUUCAGAACACAACUGAACAGCCAAGUCAGAAACCCUAUUAGCAAUGUCAACAAGACGUAGCUGAUUGCCCAGAACAGUUGACGCAGAAACCCACAGAGAUUUAAAAAAAAUAGAGCUGAAAAACCUAAAAUAAUAAAAAUUAAACAGUGACUUCCAUCACUUUUAAAUAGUUUUUCCAUCAGUUUCAAAAGGCAUUUGGUAAAUGGGACCAGAACUGUGACCUUUAUGAAACAGAGUUCUCUUGUUUAAUGUGGAGCACAAGUUUUCCACCAGAGGUAAAUGCAAGGUCUUUAUAUACAAACUUAAGUCCUGACUGCUGAAGCAUUGUUGGUACUGAAAGAUAUGUGCUCUGGCAGUGAUGAACUCUGCCUCUAUUUGGGAGUUAGGAAUUGUUAGGGAGAAAUCCCUCAAAGGAUUUCCAAGGCUUCCACCUACUGUUGAAUUCUCUUCAGCAACACAGAAACAAUACAUUUGUUAUCGCUCAGUUCUUUGCUGUCAUUGACUGUCAGUGUCAAAGCUUGGAAAAGCAACAUCUGCCUCCAAAGGGAUUAUUGUGCCUGAAGCAAGUCUUGUCCCCUGAGCACCAGCAAACCUGAGUGCUGUGGAGUUAGUUUAGGCAGCAGGGCUGUGGAAGCUAGGGUCAGUGUGAUCCCAGUGCAGUGCACGUGGGGAUGCACUUGUUAGCUCAUCUAUCUAUAUAGAGGUCUAUCCUGUUUCACCAGGUGCUGGUGAGUGAACCUUGUGACCAGUGGAAAUACUCAUCUGCCUCUCUGGGUACAUUGUGGGGGCUCUGGAGGGCUCUUUCCUUGCAGCUUGAGAGUGUAGCAAAAGGGUUAGAUUUCCAAGCUGAGCAACAGCGUAAUCCAGCUUCAAAAGCGGGACCAAUACUCAUACCCAGGAGAUCCCUGCAUGUUGACAGAUUAGAUUGCAGGCACCUCCACUGAGUAAGUAUGGAGACAGGCUGACCUCAAA